GCGACUAAUGAGGUUAUCAUCCCUCAUAAAUCAAUCUCCGGUCGGAGUAUAGCAGCAGCUCACACUAUUUUGAGUCUAUUUGCAUUCACUUCAGCUUUGGUAGUCGGUAUUUACUAUCACUAUCAAAAGUUAUGCCGUAACUCAGUCGCUAGGUAUCCAGUAGAGUGGUUUCCAAGUGUAUCCUCUACCAUAGGCGAUUUUUAUCCUGAACGAUCGAUAUUCCAACUGCUUAUCGCUACUACAGCAUGUCCACGUUUUUUAAUAGUUUUUCUGAGUUGGAUGAAGAAUAUGGAAACUUCUAAACCAGCUGCUAACACUCACGCAAUGCUUGGAUUGGUUAGGACAUUCAGCUGUGGUGGUUUCGUUUACAUUACUAGCACGGACAAUGGAACAAUCCAUGACAUGUUUAUGCUGAUAUACAUACUAGCGAAUGUUAUUUAUAUGCCCUUUGGCUCUUAUCUAACACAGAACUCGCUUAUACGUAAAACUAGGCAGUUGUUAUCAUUAUACUUUAUUCUCAGUCUUCUCCCUAUGUUUUACAUCUAUUUUCUACACAAAAAUAGGAGAAUUGCCGGCGCGUACACUUACUAUGCUUUCUUUGAAUGGGGAUUGAUCAUAGCCGACAUACUCUUUGAUUCAAUGUCUCUCUUUGAUCUGGAAGAUACACAUAUUUAUAUAUCUGACUCAAGCAGAGGCACGGUACUCAAUAUAAACAACAUUCCAAUGGGCAAAGAUCACCGAGAGUCUGAGAAAGUAAUGUUGAAAGAGGAUAUACCAGCAAAGACACCACGAGAAGUUAACAAGAUGCCCAACAAAUAUAUUAAGCAAUCGAGUAAAGUCAUUUACCUCACUUUUAUGGCAGAUACGAUGUUAUCGCUCGUCUGGUGGACUAAUUUUACUGCACUACCUUUAUGUAUUUUCUACUACAGUGUUUGGUCACUUAGUUUUGCGGGUCAAGAAGGUCUCAUGCUUGUCACACUUUCUGCAGGACUUAUCGGUAUUGAAGAACUAGCACUUUUUGCUUCAUCUCGAGAUGGUAAGACUGUCUUGACAUUAGUUUCUUUCUUAGGUUUAUUUGCAUCGAAGCUGGAAUUUCCAGUAUUAAAACUAGUCAGUGUGUCUAUGGCUGUGAUCGCUCAAUCUAUCUCUAUUGCUUCCGAUUGGUAUAGAAGUCGCGACAGACAACAAGUGAUAACAUUUAUGCUCGGACUGUUGCUACAUUCUACCCUCAAGCUACUUGCGCAUUCAAAUAACCCUUUCUGGCCUAUCGUUAAUGACACAAAUGGUGGUUAUAUCAAGACAGGUUUGGUAAUGGCUUUUAUUGCACUCCUGAUUCGCAGGUGUUAUGGAUCCGAUUAUUGCACUUCGCCAAUAUCAACACAAAAAAGAUCCAAUAGAUGUUUGAUUAUUGGAGCUAGCUUAGGUAGUUAUAUUUGGGCGUUACAUACCUUCUUAUCCGAUCCGUCAACACUACUUAGUUGGAGUUGGACUGGGUUUCCAUCUAACGGUCCUCAUCCGAUGUACAAUUCCUCAAUGAUUAUUGUUGGAUUUGCUAUUGGCAUAAUGUCUCCUGAAUAUCUCGCCAUAUCAAACAUCUGGCAUUUAUUUGGUACUUGCUGUAUAACACUGUGUUAUAUCUGCGAUGACUGGCUUAGUGCAAGUGGAGCAUUUGGAUUUUCCAUUUAUCUUCCAUCACUAGGCCCAGUAAUGAUAUGGAAUAUAAAACAUUGUGCUCCGGGCAGAACUAUGUUAGCUGUAUUCGGGACCUACACUUUGCUAAUAGUUGCCCAUACGUUUACAGUAGCGUAUGAGUUUGUUCCAUUGGGAUUCUUACUAAGGGAACGUACUCAUGUCGUUAUCUUCACUGCACUAGCAUUCAUAUGGCUGACAACUUCGCGAACCACAUUUAAUAUCACCUAUGGAGAUAACGAUAAAGCAUUUAAACGCUAUACGAAGCUUUUGCUUGUUGGAAUAAUAUGUGCUGCCCAUUUCAUACUACUGAAUCGCAUAAAUAAUUCAGUAGUACCACAACCAUAUCAUACUCAAGAUGGGAUUUUAACAAGCGGAAUAUGGACUGUACAUUUUGGUAUGGAUGACGAAAUGUGGGAUAGUCAGAUAAGAAUGCGAGACCUUAUUCGGGAAGCUGAAGUUGACGUGCUUGGCUUAUUGGAGACUGAGCUACAGAGUGUCGUCUUUGGUAAUAGAAAUUUGGCUCAAUUCAUAGCCGAGGACCUCGGCUAUUACGUUGAUUAUGGACCACCUAGUCACAAACACACGUGGGGUGCCGUUUUACUGUCCAAGUUUCCAAUUAAAGAGUCGCAACAUCACCUUUUACCAUCUCCACAGGGUGAGUUAGCUCCGGCAAUAUCUGCCAAAUUAGACUUGUAUGGGAAUAUAGUUAAUGUUUUGAUAUCACAUAACGGUCAAGAGGAGUCGCCUUUAGAUCGAGAAUUACAAACCACUGAAAUUGCACGUAUCUUAAAUACAACUUAUCCCGAACCUGCGCUCUUCCUGGGUUAUUUGGUAACCACACCUCAUCAAAAGCGGCCCGCACCUUACGGUAUUCUAUUUGAAGAUGGCAGGAUGCUAGACAUAGAGCCACUAGAUAGACGGAGAUGGUGUGAAUAUAUUGGGUAUAGGUCUAUGCGGAAAAUAGCCUACGCAAGGAUCAGUCAUGGAACAGUAACUGACACGGAACUUCAAGUUGCAAAGUUUAAAUUAUAUGAUACAGAUGAAAGUUAUCAUCCGCAAUUUGAUUGGUAUACCUUCAUGGACGAGGAGCAUAUACCUGAUAGUUACAGAUUCUCAAAUGCAUUUGCAGGUAAAGGUAAAGAUGGACAUCGAUUUCACGUCUUUAAAAUACCAAUAUAUUAUCAAGAAAUGUCUGAAUCAGAUUAAUAUGGAAAAUUCAGCACAUUUACGUUCAAUGUAAAUUAUUAACUUCUGAUUUACCAAAGAAUGUAUUUCGUAUUUAAAUACCUUACAAUAAGUCUAAAUUAUUAUCGUACUUUGGUACUGGUAUGAUCCAGGUAUAGAUAGGGCUUAGACGAUGUUACGUUUAACUGCAUCCAUUAAUGCAUCGUAUACGAGGAUUUGAAUGGACGUUGAAUUGGCCUGAGGUAUUUCUUGGCUAGUGUCGUAAAAUAUCUUGAUGAUUUCCGCUUUCGCAAAUGUUCACAGUUGUGCCGAACCGCGGCAUAUCCUGGGAAGGUCCUCAAUUACAGGUUAAAAAACGCUUAAAGGGUUUGUGGAGCUUGUGCGUGUUGGUCUGUAGAUAUCAAACGCGCUUUAUUAUUGGUUGAAAGGUAUUAAGUAUAAUGUGAUCUUAAGUAGAUGGCGUUUUUGGUACAAGAUAUGAUUUCUUAUAUAGUUUUCAUUGUUGCCCGAAUAUCAUUGUUGUUG